AUGGAGAAAGAGAAGAGAAAAAUGGAGGAAGAAAAAAGCCAGAAGGAGGAGGAGGAGAGAAAGAGGGAAGAGGAAAAUAUGAGAAUAAAGGAAAAGGUGAGAAUAACUAAAGAGAUUGAGGAGAGGAAGAAGCAGGAGGAGAUGAGGAAAAAUAAAGAAGAGGAGGAGGAGGAAGCUCUGAAAAGAAUACAUGAAGAGAGAAGAAGGGAUGAAAAGGAACAUGGAAAUGAGGAUGAAGAAGAGAAGGAAGCAAAGAAGAGGGAGAAGGAAACAAAAGCCAUGAAGGAGAAUAAGGAGUUGACAGAAGUUGUGAGAAAAAAGGAAGGGGAAAAUAGAAAAACUAUAGAACCAGGAUCCACCGAGGAGGAUGAGAAGAGGAAAAGGGAAGAGGAAGAACGGAGGAGGCAGUUGGAAGGGAGAGAUGAAACAAGAGAAAAUCAGAAGAAAAUAAAGCUGAAGGAAAAUGAGGAGAGCUCCAAAAGGUAUGAAGAGGACAACAGAAUGAUGGAAGAGGAGAGCAAAACAAAAGAGAAGAAGCAUGAGGAGAAGGAGGACGGAAAAAAUGUAGAGGAAGAAAUAAGACUGAAAGAGACGGAGGAGAGCAGAAAGAGAGUGGUGAACAACAGGGAAGAGGAGGGAAGGAAAGCAAAUGAGCUGCAGGAGAAAAUAGAAAAUAACAGGACUUCCUCAAGACCUGGUUCUUUACAGAGCGAGUCUACAAUCCGUCUCUUCAGUACUGAAGCCAAACCACCACAACGUGACCCAGAAGAGAGCAUCAGUCAGACCUCCAUACGUAAAACCCUGGACUACAAGUACCAGGCAGCAAGGCCUUCACCCGUCUGCCUCCCAGAGCAGACGGAGAAGAAGCGUCUGGCCUGGAUGAAGGACUGCGUCCCCUGGUCCAAACUCUCCCUCCAGAACCGGAGCAAGCAGAAGGGAUCCGUCCGGAGUCGGAGAGGGCUGAGAGGAGCCGCCGGGUCCAGCAGUCUGCCCCCCCUCUGCCCAGACUCUCUGCUUCAGUCCACCGCCUGGAAAUCCCUGCAAGAGGUGACCACAGUGACCCUGCAGGACUUGCCCGGCUGUAGCUUAUCCACUCUGGCUCAGUGUUCUCUACUCCGGUCCCUCACCCUCAGACGCUGUGGCCUCAAAUCCCUGGAAGGCAUCAACCAGUUACCACAGCUGUGCUACGUGGACGUACAGGAAAACGACAUCUCAUAUGUCGACUGUGACAAUAUGAGCAGCCUACGGGUUCUUCAACUCGGCCGCAACAAGCUGACGUCCAUCCACGGUUUAACCGGCGCCGAAAAUGUGGACGUUCUGGACCUCUCACACAACUCCAUCACACGCAUUGCUGGUCUGGAGUCUAUGAGGAGACUGCAGAGGUUGUCAGUGGACCACAACCAGCUGAUCAGCACCAAAGGGCUGAGGGACGUCUACACUCUGCUGCACCUGAGCUGCUCGCACAACCACCUGGCGAGCGUGGAAGGUCUGGAGAACAGCGCUCUGCUCAACACGCUGGACCUGAGAGCCAACAGCCUCACUGAGCCCCCCGGUCUGAACAACCAGGUCCUCCUCAGAGAGCUGCAUCUAGACGACAACAGCAUCUCCUCCCUGCAGGGACUCUCUGCUUGCUGGCUCCCCCUCAUGCAACGACUCUCCGUGGCACAAAACAGAAUUACCCAGCUGCCCCCCAUGUCUGAUUCUGUGUCCCUUGCAAAUCUGGAUCUUCGAUUCAACUGCAUGUCAGAGCUCCAGAAUGUGUGUGAGAGUCUGGAGGGAUGUCUGUUCCUGAGAGAGGUCCACCUCACAGGGAAUCCUCUUCAGCAGGAGAGUGGCUGGAGGUCCACUCUGCAGAAAGCAGUGCCCGGCCUGAGGGCCAUCGAUGACCGGCAGACCGACUCUUUUUUAACGCCCCCUGAUGUUCAACAGGUCGGCCCGGCCUCGGGCAGCUUCCCAGAGUUCUGUCAGGCUCAGCUUCAGCAGACUCGUGCUUUACAGCGGCAGCACAGCAGGGAGCUCAGCAGUGCCUCCUCGUCUCUGGACGCUGUAAAGACUUCCUGCCGCCACCUCACUGAGGCCCUGCGGCUGGCUGAGGACCAGAGAUUUGCCCAUGAAUACGGUGACACCACUGUGGCUGACACACACAGGACUGCAGGCCGAACAACACCUGAAGAACUGGACAACAACAAUGCUGAGAAGCAUACUGAGCGCCCACAAACGGAGUCGGCCGGAAAAGACCCACAAGUUCUUCCAAGCAGAAGCAGCUACUGGACUUUAGAGGAGAAGUCAGUUGCGGAGAGUCGGUAUGACGCAUUCGAACCUCCAAAGACAGAACCAACAGUUAGCAAAGUCAUCUCUGGUAGUGUUCAGCCCUCUGCAACAAAGAUACAAACAACUUCCUCUCGUCUUGAAGUGGCACCUGUGUCCAACAAUCAAGACCUGGACCUCCAAAACUCAGCAGCAGUCAUGAUUCAGCAGCUGUGGAGGAAAUAUAGACAGAAAUGUGGGAACAUCAGCAGCCUUUCCACGGCCAAGAGGGGGGGAGGAAGAGGAGGAGAUGGAGGGAAGCCAGAGUCGGGACCUUCCUACGUUAACGGGAGCGCUGUUGGCCGGGAUUAUGCAGCAACUGUCAUCCAGGCGUUGUGGAGGGGCUUCGCUCUGAGGAGGAGGCUCUCAUCUGCUCUGGCUGCCGUCACAAGCCCCGACGUCGGAGAGGACGACACCUUGGAGGAGGUGGACGUGGAUGAAUUUGUCUUUGAUGAGGCAGCGCUGGAGAAACACUGGAGAUUGCCGUUUUCUGAGGACUCACCUCCCAGGUGUAACCCUGCAUCAGAGCAGCCACUGUCUCUGAAGCCUCCUGGGCACGUUCCUGAACCCUCCCAGUACAUCCUCCCACCACCGCUUGUAUGGAGGCCAAAGCAGGCCUGGAUGCCCGGAGAACAUGUGGACUCUGCUGGACAGAGAGUUUCCCCAGAGAGCUCCAACAGAAGCAAAUCUCCAGCUUCAACUUCAGUGCCAAGCAGUCUCUCUCAAAGAUCCGAAAAGAUUCUGGAAGAAUGGGGCUUCACUGACCGCCACACAGCUCUUCUAAUGCUCAAGAGAGCUCAGAAGAUGAAGCCGGCGACUCAGCGGCAGAAGAAACAUAGGGAUCCAUCCAUCCGUCUUGCCUUCAGAAACUGCAGUUACCCGCUGGGUCCAGUGGAGGCUCGAAACAGGCCGGCACAACACAACAGGAGUGAUGUAAAAGGUUGUGAGGCUGAGCUGGGCCUUCAGCACGCAGAGAAGGUGGAGCGAGUGAAGCGGGAAGGAGCUCAGCAGUGGAUGCAGAUCCAGGCUGCUCAUCCUGACAGGGACUCAGAGAGCGAGCAUUUCUUACCCGAGAUCAGCUCAGACGUUCUGAACGGAGGCAGAGUGCAGCUCGUGGCCGACCCAGGAUACACAGCACGUCUACAUCACGCCAGUGGACCGCGGGCCAACGACAGCUCACCCGCCCGGCCCUGCAGAGAGCACGGUUAUCCUCGCAGAAACUCUUUGGGUCCUGAAAGAAACGAGGUUCCAUCUCCAGGGCGGGUCGCCUCUGCUCCGUCAAAAAGGGACCGCAUCUCCCACCGAGACAACCCCGUCCAGAUGAGCGGUGGCUGGGGAGGAGGCAAGAAGAGGGACAAAGUGUACAAGUAAAACACAAACUCUUCUACAACCACGACCACCCUCCUCUGCUGUCCUCACCCAACUACAUCCAGAGCAACUUCAGACACAUCUACGCCUACAAAGAUUGCUGCAUUUUUUUGAAUGUAUGUAGUU